AUGUUCAUGAUUAACUUCGUCGAGUUCGCAGCCGAAUCCUCGCGCGGCGUCGUGUUGGCAACGCUCUUCCUCUACACCAAGUCACUGGGAGGCGAUCUAGCCUUCAUGGGCAUGCUCACGUCGCUCUUCUCAGUGGGUCGCCUUAUCUCGUCCACAGUGUUCGGCUGGAUGUGCGACCAUUACUCGUUCCGGUCAGUGUACCUCGUAUCGUCGGGUAUCUGCCUGAUGGGGAACGUCAUCUACCUCAUCGCAGACCAGCACGUGACUGGCAGCUUGACAGCGUUGGCUGCGAGUCGGUUUAUCGUGGGCUUCGGAGCUGGCAAUCGCAGUGUGUGUCGUGCUGAUGUGGCGUCGAUCACGACCAUCAACCAGCGUCUCACAUACUUAACGAUGCUGGCCACAGUUGUGUUCCUCGGUUAUGCUCUAACGCCCGGUCUUGGAAGCCUAGUGGCCAAUACCGACACGUACGUGUUGGGUAUUCACUUCAACAAAUUCACGUCGCCAGGGUUGAUCCUGAUUGUCUUUAACGUGUUGACAAUUGUUGGCAUGGUGACACUAUACGACUCAUCCGUUCAGACUCGAGACGGUCCGUUGGAGUCAUCGCAAGAUGCUGCGAUGAAGAAGACACUGAGCAACAUUACGACCAUGCCUGAACGCAUUGUCAAUGUCGGCAACAUGAUGCUGGUGGUGAUGCCUGCCAGCUUGUCGUUCCCGCAACUGGCAGUGGCGGAGUUUUUCGUCUGGAGUGUGGGGUGCCCCAUCACGACAGCAGUUGUAGUGGCAGCGUUCUCAAAGCUGCUGGGUGGCCGACCACAAGGAACGCUGAUGGGUCUGCUGGGCUCUGCGGCCUCGGUGUCGCGCAUCAUUCUGCCUCUACUUCCUGCUGCUAUUCCUACACUCUCACCUGUUUUCUGGAUCAACAUUCUACUGUGCACUCUCAUUGCCAUCACCUGGAAACGAUUCUCGGGUCGCAUCUGGCUUCGAACAAGAUCGAAUUCCCCGGCAAAUUAA